UCUUUUCUCCAGAAAUUUGCCCUCUAGAAAGGUUAAAAGAGGAAAUGUCCGGAAACUAAAACGUAUCACCUUCGAUAUCCACAAGACUCAUCUCCAUUUGCUAUAUAAUACAUCCAAAGACAAAGCCAUAACAGAGCAAAAGGAGAGGCAAUGGAAGCAAAAAUCACUUCCAAGGAGCUCAUCAGGCCUUCAUCACCAACCCCACCACACCUGAGAACUUUCAAGCUCUCGCUUCUCGAUCACCUCAUUCCCGCCCCUUAUGCCCCGAUGAUCCUCUUCUAUCCUCCAGACUGUGGCCCUCAUCCAGACAAACCUCUCCGGGCAAGGUUGGACCUCCUGAAGAUAUCUCUGUCGCAGAACUUAACCCGGUUUUAUCCAUUAGCUGGGAAGAUACGAGAAGACCUAUUCAUCGACUGCGAUGAUCGAGGAGUUUUCUACGUGGAGGCCAAUGUCAAUGUCGCCUUGUCUCAGUUCCUUGCGCAACCAGACCCCGUCCUAUUGCAAAGGUUCCUUCCUUGCGAGCUAGUCCCAAGGAAAUCCUCAGAAGAGACUCACACGGCAAACAUUCAGGUCAACGUGUUCGAGUGUGGCGGGAUCGCCAUUGGAAUAUGCAUCUCGCACAAGAUCCUGGACGGGGCGGGCCUGAGCGGUUUCUUGAAGGAGUGGGCUGUGGCAACCCAGGGAGGUUGUGGCAGUGUGGCGGCUCCACGUCUCGUGGCUGCCACGGAUCUCUUCCCCGCAGACGACCUGUGGCUGAGAGACUCGUCCCUGAUGAUGUGGGGAUCCGUGUUCAAGGUGGGAAAGUCUGUCACCAAGAGGUUCGUGUUUGACGGGCCAGCGAUAGAGGCCCUCAAGGGACGAGGAACUGGCCAAAACGUGAAGAACCCAACUCGGGUCGAGGCCGUCUCCGGGUUUCUAUGGAAGUGCUUGGUGGCUGUCUCCCAGAGGAAGAACAAUGGCCUCGGAAGGCCAUCCUUCUUGACACAUUUGGUGAAUUUUCGGAACCGGAUGAAUCCUCCUGUACUGGAACUGUCCCUCGGGAACCUUCUCUGGAUAGCUUCCACGAAGCUGAAGACCGUAGAUUCUGAUCAAAGUGAUACAUUGCCUACUCUGGUGAGUGAAUUAAGGGAAGCAAUAUCAAGGAUAGAUGGUGAGUUCGUCUCAAGGCUGAAGUGGGACAAGGAUUUGAUUAAUGGAUCUUUAAAGGAGAUCAGUGACCGCAUGGGUGCUAAGGGAGGGGUGGACUAUUUUGGGUUCUCGAGUUGGUGCAAGUUGGGGUACUAUGAUGUCGAUUUCGGGUGGGGAAAGCCCGUGUGGGUCAGUAGCAUCGGGUCAGGUGGUUCGGUGUUUAUGAACCUUGUCAUCCUGGCAGACACGAGGUGUGGUGAUGGAAUAGAGGCAUGGGUUACUCUCGACGAGCAGGACAUGGCUCUACUGAAAGUGGAUCCGGAGAUUCGGUCAAUCACUUCUCUAGACCCAAAUCCUUUUGUGGUCGGAAAUAAACCGUGAGCCGUGGUCCCAUGUGCUCAAUUAAUGCUAAGUAUCGAGGGGUUGGGCUGUAAUAAAUAGAGUUGAAAAUAUAUGUAGGAUACAUGCAAGUAAAUUGCUUGUAUUUUUUUUUUCGGUUAUAAGGGAUGCCCAUAAACCUACUUCAUUGAAAAAGAAAUCAUAAAUAUCUGAUAAAGGGACACAGGUAGUCUCACUGGGUAUCGAACUUGAGAUCUCUUGUUUAUCAGGUGAGAGGUGCACUAUUGUGCUAUUCAUUUUCUUUAAUAUUGCUUGUAUUUUUUUGAGUAGAUUAUUUGAUCUCAAGUAAUUUAUCCUUACCUUUUACAUAAUUUACUUGAGUUAUAAGUAACUCAGUUGAAGUUUUUUAAGUGAAUACAUAUAUAUACAUAUAUUCCAACCUGCAU